AUGAAGAAGGGCCGCGCCGCCAAGCAAUGCAAGAUGCGCAUGGCGCAAGGUUGUAGCGUGGCAUCGCUGCUGAACUGUGCUGACAAUAGUGGCGCCAAGAACCUCUACAUCUUUGCAGUGAUUGGCAUUGGUGGACGCUUGAACAAGCUGCCCAACUGUUCUCCCGGAGACCUGGUCCUCUGCAGUGUGAAGAAGGGAAAGCCUGAGCUCCGAAAGAAGGUCCUGAAGGGUGUGGUGAUUCGGCAGAAGAAGGCGUGGCGACGACGUGAGGGCGUCUUUGUGUACUUUGAGGACAACGCAGGAGUCAUCGUCAACGACAAGGGAGAGAUGAAGGGAUCUGCCAUCCAGGGCCCUGUGGCGAAGGAAUGCGCCGAGCUGUGGCCGAAAAUUGCCUCCUGCGCACCGGCCAUUUGCUGA